UCUGUUUCCAACCUUUCCUUUCGAGUACUGAUUCAGCCUUCCGAAGUCUCUGUUUUUACUACCCUCUCCUGAUUCACGGUCUACUACCAGCAUGCCUCUGCAGAAAUUGUCUCCCAACGGGCCUCUAUCCGUGAGCGCAUCCGCAAGCCAGCGUCCACAGCCACAUAAUCGACGAAGAACCCUACAAACGAUCAGCGAGCUCUCAACGAACGACGGAAGCUUGCCAGAUCUCGUGUCCUCUGUCGGAAUCGAGAACAUACGACGACUAGGACAUGACAACAUUCCUGGCGUGGGCAAGCCCACUCUCAAACCUGUCAAACGACAAAGUCUUCCACAACAUCACUCGAGCCCAAACAUACAUGUUCCACGAUCAUCGAUCACAGUCACGCCUGCUUAUGGACAGGAAUCCCAGACCUCACGAACGGCACAAGCUCGCAGACCCGUUCCAAUGACGACAGAUCAAGUUGAAGGUUGGAACGCCAAAAGGGAGCGGGCAAGAAUGCGGCAUGAGCUGGCAAUCGCAGAAGCAAGGGUACGGCGAAGCAUGUCAGAUCAAGGGACCGAAAUUACAACGUUAGAUGCUCGGCCGACUGCAAGCUCACGUCAGACUUCUAUAAGACAUCCUCCAAGCACACAAACAUUGCUGGAAAACAACACUGCCGGCAGUUGUUUAUCUAGACAAGUCGAGCGACGCGCAAGCCUAGGGAACACCAACAACAACGCUAGCCAAUACGACGCGCGACCCGAACCUUCCGAACGUGCAAGCACAGACUCAAGCUCGUAUCAAUCUCGCGAUAGCGCUAUUAAUCGAUCGAGAUCAGAUUCUUCUAAUACAUCGUACACUUCGCAGGAUGCACCUCCAUUACCGCAUGGCACAACGUCAGACAUGAAGGGCUAUUGCGCAGAGCUCAUCCUGCAAAACCAAAACUUGGUAUCCUUCGGAGAAUCUGCUAGAUCGAAGAACCUGAACCCCAAUAGAUCGAGCCGCACGUUGUCGUUACCUACAGAUGGGUUCAAGUAUACGCGCGCGCCGCACCGAUACGUGACUGCCCCAGAUCUUCGUCAACUACCAACACAACAGCCUCGACAGAUCAGCGCACAAAGAGCACGAAACCAGGCGUUGGCGGCACUUACGGCUGUUAAUAGCCAUACGCGACCAAGUCGACGGGACCAGUAUCCAACAUCUGCAUGCAGCUCUUCACAUCAGAACCGCCAUGCCAGCCUAACAUCUCAUCCACCAAACUCCUCGGCACACCGACAGUCUGCUUCACCGCACCGGAACUCACUACGCUACCAUGCACAACUGGAAGCGCAGCGACGGAUCACUUCACCUUCGCCAGCUCACUCUACCCAUGACAUGAAUCGAACUAUUCUGCAUCGACAGUCCGAUGGUUCGCGGCGAGUCAGCUUUGAGGCGCGCACAGUGCCCAAGCGAGAGAGCCUUACGCAGUGGAAGAAGGAGCGAGAAGAAGCCAAGGCAAACAUGCAUAUCGAUCACAAAGCAAGGAUGCAGGAGCGCGUCAGACGUGCGAAUGAGCUUGAGGAAGAGAGAGAAAAGGAGCUGGUUCUGAUGGGCAAGCGCGCUGCUAAGGCUGAGAGCAGGAGCUGCUUUGGUAGCCUCUUUGCUGUGCUGAGAGGCAAGAGCGGUUGAGUGAAGCUCAGCACGUGAGUCCCGAGGGCAAGCAUCGUUGCAAGGCGUUGUCAACUAUAUACCAAAUUGCAUUCUCCUUCAACACGAUUCCAUAAAGUUGGUGGAGGAAUGGUUCCCACACGGCAGGACUCUAUCUAUAAUAGGAUAGCACAUUAGCAUAUUGGAGACGAGACGUACAGAGACGCGUGAUGCUGUAUAGUAAUAAGUAAUAUCAUACUCAAAAUGGCUGAGGUCUCUCCUUUGCAUA